UGUCGGGAAAAAUGCCAAAAAUACGUAAAUGUCGUGUGCGCGGGUGUGGGAGUACCAGCGAAGGGGUAUUCCGGCUUUUCUGCUUCCCAAAUGAAUGGGUGCUGGCUGAAAAGUGGAAGGAGAAUCUAAAAAUUUCUCCCACUGACCACUUUGCAGCCACCAACUCAUUCGUUUGUGAGAAGCAUUUCCAGAAAGAGGCAAUUGGCGCAAGAAGGCUGAAAAAGGAUGCAGUACCAACAUUGGAAUUAGAUGAGGCUCCUACCCAAUUAUUCGAACCGGCACCUCCGCUAAAACGUUGCUGCAUUAGCAACUGUGCCGGUGGAGAGAAAUUAUUCAAAUUUCCUAAAACGGAAGUUGCUAGGAAUAAUUGGGUAAAGGCCUGCAAUCUUGAUUUGCCAGUAAAAUCAAAUUUGUAUAUAUGUGAAAAACAUUUUCACGAAAAAGAUGUAUCCUCGCACCGGAUACUUAAUGAAGCUCUUCCUGCGCGAAAUUUAGGACACGAAGAAAAUAGCCAGCAGUCAUCGGACUGGGUUUUGCCGCCGGUUUUAACUACAUAUAAUGUGAAAAAAACCGAUGUUUCACAACCAGAUGAUAUGUCAGUUGGAAAUCCAAAUGACAUAUCAUUUGAAGAAUUUGAGAAAUAUUCACGCCUUCAUGAGAUAGAAAUGAAGUGCGACGAAGAAGAAAAUAUUUCUGUUUGCGACCACGAGCAUUACGCUCGAGUAGCUAGGCGCUUUCAAAACAAUGCUUUGAAACAAGCCAAAAAAAUCAAAGAGCUGAAGAGAAGAAUUUUCUUAUUGACAAGAAAAUGCCAAGCUCUUAAAAAAAAUAUAAUUGUAACAGGAGGGGCAAAUGAUCAUGCAAUUACCUUCGCUAAAAUGAUUGUGAAGAACAAAAACUCAUACAGCGAAAAGGAGAAGGCAAUGGCAUUGAACAUAAAUUAUAUGUCGACUAGGGCCUAUAAUUUUAUGCGCGAUGACUUGGGGUUCGCACUGCCCCACAAAAAAACACUUUUGCGUUGGCGUCCAAUCCGGUAUGUCUGCCCCGGUAUCGACGAAAAUUUUCUUUAAAUUGUUCAAGACUUUAAACCAGAAGAACGCAUUUGCAAAUUAAUUUUCGACGAAGUCUCAAUCAGAAAAGAUCUGACGUAUAAUAAAGUACGAGAUGUGAUUGAUGGCUUCGUCGAUAAUGGAGAAGGUCACCGGGAAAGCGUGAUCGGCAAUAAGUGUUGUUUUUUUAUGUUGAAAGGCCUAGUCGCGAAAUGGAAAUACGUAAUUUCCUACUAUGUGGCUAAAGAUGGCGUAAGUAGUGAAAAACUGCUAAAUUUGCUACAGAGCAAUUUAACCGCCUCCGAAGAGAUCGGAUUAAAAAUUAAAACAAUAAUAUGCGAUCAGGGUCCCCAGAAUGCCAAAUUGAGGCUAAUAUUGGGCACAUCGCCAGAAAAACCCUAUUUCUACCACAAUCAAAACAAAAUUUAUUUUAUGUUCGAUUAUUGCCAUUUAAUAAAAUGCAUGCGCAAUAUGAUAAUUAAAUACGACACCGAGACGCAAGAUGGACUGGCAUCGUUUAAAGUAGUCGAUUUGCGAUCGACCAGGCGAACGUUAAUUUUAAAAUGUGCCCUAAAUUAACGUAUUCGCAUGUUUACCCCUCCAAUUUAGAAAAGAUGUCGGUGUCUAGAGCUACGCAAGUAUUCAGCAAUUCGGUCGCCGCGGCUAUAGACAUGGCAGUAAAACAAAAUUUAUUGGGCUCCGAUGAGCAUUUGAAAAAAUGUGCCAAAGCCACCCAGCUGCUGGUUAAAAGGAUGAAUGACCUGUUCGACGAAUUGGAUUGUAAAACGCUUUACAAUCCAAAUCCGCAAAGACGGCCAAUACAGAGAGAUUGUAUUGAUAAAAUAAACAGGUUAAAAGAGCACAUCCAGUACAUAAAAAGUAUAAAAAAACCCAACGUCUAAAUAUUGUGCCUGGAUUCCUUCAUAUUUACCAUAAAUGCAAUGAUUGCAUUAAGCGGCGAUAUAUUCGCGGAGUAUUCGAAUAUAUCUUUUAUACUCUUAGGGAGAAUGAACCAGGAUGCCCUGGAAAACUUUUUUUAUAAAAUUCGCGCAAGUUUAGGAGCAAACAAUCAUCCAUCCGCACAUGAAAUACAAUAUAUUGUAGCAAGACUAUUGUCUAUGCAUAUAUUGCGACGGAACUUCUCGCAAACAGGCAGCAAUUGCGAAGAAGACGAUGACAUCAACCUAGAUUGGAAUAUUGGCCAGGACGACGACCUUAAAGAAAAUUUAAAACCGUCUGAGCAACUUGCCGUGGAACAAAUUUGUAUUCCAGAUGAGCAAUUUGCUGAGACAGAAAAAGUAGCAGAAAAACAGGUUCGUCGUUAUUAUACUGGGUAUGCGAUAUACCAAAAGGUUUUUUGUCGACUAAAGUGCGAGAAAUGUGCCUUAUUAAUGCAAAAGAAGGAUUUAUCAUUACAAGACUCAUCGGAAGCCCUUAUAAGGUCGAAAAAUUACAAAGGAGACAAUGACCUAAGGCUGGUUAAUCCCGACGACAGAGUAUUUGAAAUAAGCCGCCUCCAAAUGAGCUGCUAUAAAGAGCUCUUUAUAGCAAAUUCUUGCAGAGUGGGUAUAAAAUCAAUGAUUUUAGCCCAGAUUACUGCAAUUACACAACAGAAAUACCCAGAGUGGUAUACCGAAGCAGGAGAUUGCCUCGAACAUAGGCACCAGUUUUUGGACUUUUUAAUAACAGUUUUACUUUUCAAAAACGCGAAAUGGCUAGCACACCAGCAGGAAGAGCUUCACAAAAACGAAGUAAGGGCGAGGGGCUACAACAAAAAACAAAAAUUAAAGAAACUGGUACAAUAGGUUGCAGGCCAUAUUUAAUUUUUCUAGUGACUUUCGUUGGAUAAAAGGUAAAAGAAAUACAUCCAAUGCAAAAUAUAUUAUUGAAAUAACUAACACAUUUUUUCCUUCUUUUUUCUCUCAUUUCAGCUUCUUCACAAAAUAAUAAUGUUCUUUUUUUUCUUUCAGGGUAGAUUAAGUUGUAAAUAUGUAGUUUGUAGUAGUAGUUUUAGUAUUAGUUAUUGUUAGUUUGUAGUUAGUUUUAGUAUUUAUUAACUUAGUAAGUAGGUAGUAUGAACACGUGAGCCAAGCUUUGAAAAAAGCUGGUGAAAAAGACCUAAUCUUUAUUGAUUAGGUUGUGUGAGAAUUUGUGGUUGUGGGUAGACAAAUUCUGAAAAUCGUGUUUAAUUAAAAUUACAUUCUUUUAUAUGCUUUUUUCUAAUAAAAUGAAUUUUCUUUUUAUUUUUCAUUUCAGUUUUUAAUAAAAUAAAAUAAGUUUUUUAACAAAUUUAAAUGAGUUUAAAUAUAUUUACUA